AUGGCUCCAGCAGCAACGACCCUCAGCAACGAAUCCUCCGGAAAUGCCAGCGUCGGCGCUCUUGGAAAGACUGUUUCGGGUAAGAAGCUCAGGAUCAGAUCGUAUCCUAAGUUUGAGAGCCUAGAAGAAGAGAGACUGUACCGCAAGCAACAUCUCGCUGCUGCGUUUCGGGUGUUCGCGGAGCGAGGUUUUGAUGAAGGUGUUGCAGGGCAUAUCUCAGUCCGAGACCCUAUUCUUACCGACCACUUCUGGCUCAACCCUCUCUCGCAACACUUCUCCCAAAUCUGCGUCUCCGACCUGAUCCUGGUCAACGAAGACGGCGAUGUCGUUAUCGGAGAUGAGCCUAUCAACGCGGCAGCAUUUGCAAUCCAUUCCGAAAUCCACAAGGCUCGCCCCGAUGUUCACGCAGCAUGUCAUGCCCACUCCGUCUAUGGCAAAGCUUUCUCUGCCUUUGGGCGAAAGUUGGACAUGAUAACCCAAGACUCCAUCCGCUUCUACAACUCCCAUGCCGUCUAUGAUAAUUUCGGCGGCGUCGUCCUCGACCGUGAAGAAGGCAUGCGCAUUGCCAGCGCUCUCGGCAACGGAAAAGCCGCCAUCCUGCAGAACCACGGACUCCUGACGGUGGGACAUAGUGUAGAUGAGGCGGCGUUCUGGUUUAUGAGUCUGGACAAGACGUGUCAUGCGCAGCUGCUUGUUGAUGCUGCAAGUGCGGGAAGUGGACAUAAGAAGAUUUUGAUUGGGGACGAGGAAGCCAAGUAUACUUACGGACAGGUAGGCACGCCGGAGAAGGGAUGGCUGGCGUUUCAGGGAUAUUAUGAUGAGAUUUUGGCGAAGACUAAUGGGGGUUUCCUGAAGUAA